ACCGUCUAACCCUAUCCCCAUCCUCUCCACGCAGCUCUCUGUCUCCACGCGCGCCACCCUUGCCCCGACCCUGCGCCGCCCUGACCCCGCGCCGCGCGCCGCGUCCAGCCCAGCCCCGCGCGCAGCAGCCGGCCCCGACCCUGCGCCGCGCGCCGCCUCGACCCCGACCAAGUUCACUAUCCGACCCGCCGCGCCGCAGUCUAGAAGUCUCUGCCGGCCGUCCGCGCUCUGCUCUCCCCACCCGCAUCCCAUGGCUGUCGUCGAAGAAGACGCGGCGCCGUCUGCAGAUCCCGCCGCUGGUGGGCCAACUCCCUACUCAGCGCAUAUAGUUGGCGAACCACGACUGGAAGCAUUAUAUGGCCUUCGAAUUUCUCACCUAUUCUUCUCCUCCUUGCAUAUAGUUCCAUAAACUUGGACCUAAGGGAGUCAGCAAGGCUAGCUGGAGGAAGGUCCUUAAUAUCCUUUACCCAGUUGUUCCAAACCUCAGCCACAUUGCUUGUAAUAGCAUCACACUUUAUAUGUUCUGAGAAUUUGCUCCUCAUCCACUUUAACUUGUGAUUGGUUUUCAACCAUGGCUCGACUUGUUUAUUGGUUGCGUACAUCUUGUUCAUGAGAUACUCAUGGUAAUCUGGUUGGAAAGUUCUAGCUGCAGGAUACAUUCUCCCAAAAGCGGGCCCUUGAAAACGCUUGCUGAAAUUUUUCAUCAGAUGGACAAAACAUUCUCUAUGCUCAGCCCAAGGGUAAACUGUCUUUAUGGCAUUCUCUAGGCCCUUGCAAGCAUCUGAAAUUAUAGCUAGGUGUUGCAGAUUCCCAAUCGCCUUAUGCAGUUGCUGCAUAAACCAAGUCCAAUUAUCGGUAGUCUCACCUGAGAAAAAUCCAAAUGCAACUGGAAACAUCCAGUUGCAACCAUCUAGUGCUGUAGCUGAAGGUAGGUGGCCAUUCCAUCUACCAUUGAGAGCUGUGGAGUCUAUACUCAAAAAUGGCCUACAACCAUUUAGGAAUCCAUCAAUGCUAGGUUUCAAGCAGCAAAAGAAUCUGUGAAAAUAUACACCAUCUUCCUGAUUGAUUACAUCUAUCUCUACAACACUUCCUGGCAUUCUGAGCUCAAUCUCUGCCUUGAAGUUGAACAGAUAUCCAAAACUUUCUUCCCAUGUACCAAAAAGUUUUUUUGAUGCAACCUCAUGACCAAGAUGUACAGUUGAGUACCCAAGUGUCACAUCAUAUUUUUCCUCUAACUCCUUUUGCAGUUCCUUUGAUCCCAUGCUAGGAUUCUUCUUUAGAAAAGGAAUUGCCUUCUCUGCUAUCCAUGUGUAUGAUGCCAUCUUCGUUUUCACUCUACCAGUAGAUGGACAAAAAUGUUCUUCUUUGUUCAAUGUAAUCUGAAAAUUUAAAACAGAUAUAAGUAAACAUGUGGAGUAAAAAUGUCCUAACAGAUACAUUAAGUAAGUAUGUUGCAUAUGAAGACAAGUUAGAACAAUGUUAGUACCCUGACUUGCUGUUUGUCAUGCAUCAACCUUGCUACAAUAGACCAUGGACAAUCAUCCGCUUUGCAGUAUCCUCUAAACACACUUUUACAAGAUUUCUCAGUUCCAAUUUCAAACUUCUCCACAAUAGCAUGAUGCUUCAAUGCAGCCCUGAAUUCAGACAUACUAGCAUAAAUGGUUCCCUCUUUCAUAGGAGGAUUUUCUCUAUCAUAAAGCACUGAGUUCUCACCAGGCACAUGAUCAUCAACCACCAACUCAUCAACUGGUUCAAGAGCAGUUUGCUUUCCCUUUUCAGCAGCCACUGCCCUAGCUUGCUCAACUCUCUCAUCCUCUGCUCUAAGACCAAGAAACUCAUAAAUUGUAUCCUCAUCAAUCACAGGCAUAGGUGCACCAAUCUGAUUAACAGUUAGAGGAGUAAUCUGCAGACUGUCCCAAUCGAUUUCUAUGGGUUUGUCGACAACACUAACAACCAAAAGCAUCUUCCUUUCAUUCUUUCUUUCAAUGAAAGCAAGUGACAGAUCUGUAUCAUUCUGCAGUUUUCUUUCUCCAACUCCACUCAUGACAAACUCAGAUACUACUAGCUGCUGGGCACUGCCCCAUUUUAUCCUAGCUGCCAAAUCCUUUUCUAGCAUGUCUAAAGUAUAACAUCGACAAUCCACGGUCCAUUCGUCAUAAUUUUGUGGCACAUCAACACAGCAACCAUCAUCAAGCUUUGCAGUAAACUCAGAAAAGUGAACACACAGCCUAAACGCAGCUUCUGCAUUCAUUCUACGUGUACCAACAAAACAAAUAAAAGAGACACAUGAUAAGCUUGUGCCCCCAAAAUCUACGAACUAUAAAAUAUAGUGCAAAUUGAAAGAGGGAUCGGGGAUUGUGCCUUACAUUGGAGGGAUCUCAGAGGGGAUCAUGGCCUCCUCCACUGGAGAGCGGCGCCGAGCCUCCUCUUAGGGUCCAGUCGAAACCCUAGCCUGCUACAGCUUGAGCGCAGGGAAGGGCACCGGAUGGGGAGGGCGACGGACUGGAGCGCAGGGGAAGAAGGGGAGGGCAGCGGAGACAGACGGCGGUGGAGGGCUGGAGGCCGUGGCCGGCGGUGAAGCACCGGCGAAGAUUCGGAGGACGGGAGCGUCGCCUCACGCGACUGCGAGUCGCGGCCGCGACGGACCGAAGAGGUACGAAGGAACGAGACAGGGAGAGAGAUCGUUAUGUUUUAGAUUCAAGGGGCAAUUUGGUCAUUUUAGGUUCCAGAGAGAGGUGAAAAUAUUUCAGAAAAAAUAGAAAUAACUAAAAAUACCUGAAAUCCUAAAUCUUGAAGCAAUUCGCAUAUUUAGUCCUAUUUUUUGAAAGGCACACGAAUUGAGUCCUAAAUCUUGAGAGGCAUGCGAAUUGAGUCCUAAAUAUUGAAAUUUCUCCAUCAAGAACAGAUGGAUCGACUAUCACUUGAGAGGAGAGAAAAAAAAACGUAAUGAUGUGGUCGUCACUGCAGUUUUUUUUCCUGGAUUGUUUUUGUUCCUGCAGGUGACAUCGCCUUUGGGAGACGUCCUGCAUCACGUCGACAAGGUUAGCCAUGGCCAGUUUGCCUUUACCACGGUGGAAUCUGGCAAUUACCUUGCCUGCUUCUGGACCGAGACUCUGGAGAAGGGAAUGGUGGUCAACCUUAACCUUAACAGGGAUCGCAGCAAAGGACUGGGACUCCAUUGCUAAGAAAGAGAAGCUUGAUGUUCCAGUGGAAGAGGCUUCUUUCGUGCAUUCUGAACCUCCCCAGGAUGGCAGCGCCCCACCCGUGGUUUCCUCUGACAUGGAGGUGCUUCAUGACAAGGUUAAGAAGCAAGUCAUCAAAGAAGGCCAUGGCAGGAAGCCCAUCAAGUUCGCGACGUGCUUUGCAUGCAUCGGGGGCGGCAUCCAACCAUGUCGGAGGGUCGCCAGGAUCGCACGACGUGCUAUGCACACAUGGACCGUCGCCGGGAUCGCAAGCUGGGGCGUCCCAACCCUCGCCGACAUCGCACUGGACGGUCGUCGUGAGCUGUCUUUGAAGUUGUUUUUUAUAUAUUGAACUUGUGAACUUGGAAUAAUAUGUACUCUUGAACGUGUGGUUUGUAAUAUAUUCUGAAUUUCGUAUAAAUUUGGUCAUUUGUGAUAUAUAUAAAUGUGGUUUGUGAUA